CUUGUCAAUGGCAUCCCAGGACCAUCAUCAGCAGACCAACAAUGACGGUCCCCUCUUCAAUUCAUCGGUCAGUCGCGGAGGCUCGCCCUAUCACCAAGGCCAGGCUGGCCUCGACGAACAGCAAGGUGGUCACACAGGCAAGGGAGGAGGAAGCAAGAACAAAAAGAAGAAGAAGAAGAGCUCCAGCGCCAGUGCCACCAACGAUCUCUUGAAGCCUCUGACAGAGAUCUUCAAAGACCUCGCCUUUCCCGUCGGAGAGGUAUGCGAAUACAAGGCGGAGAUCCGCCUUCGCGCAUCUACCGAGGAACUCGCUGAACGCGAGCGUCUGGACAAUCUCGACCAGGACAAGCAAUAUCGACUUGUUCGACAAGCUGCCGAGGCUCACCGCCGAGUGAGGAUGUACGCGCGCCAAUCGAUCAAGCCUGGCAUGACGAUGACCGAGGUAGCCGACCUUAUCGAGAAUGGGGUCAGGACCGUGGUUGAAGCGCAAGGCCUCGAAAGAGGAAUCGCAUUUCCGACUGGCCUGAACCUCAACGAAUGCGCCGCUCAUUAUACGCCCAAUCCAGGCGACAAGAGGAUCCUUCUUGAUACCGACGUUCUCAAGGUCGACAUUGGCGUUCAUGUCAAAGGUCGCAUUUGUGAUUCUGCCUUCACUCUAACAUUCGACGGCGGACGCCAGUGGGAGCCUCUUCUGGAAGCUGUCCGCGCCGCCACGGAAACAGGCAUCAAGGAGGCUGGCAUCGAUGCUCGUCUGGGCGAGAUCGGCGCCGCAAUUCAAGAAACGAUGGAGUCGCACGAGUGCCAGGUCGACGGAAGAACAUUGCCCAUCAAGGCGAUUCGUAAUCUCUGCGGUCACAGCAUCGAGCAAUACCGUAUCCACGGAAGCCACUCGGUGCCCAUUGUGGCCGAGCCUGACAACGUCAUCAAAAUGAUUGAGGGCCAUUAUUACGCCAUCGAGACGUUUGGCAGCACAGGACUCGGGUACACCGUUGAGAGAGGCGCGUGCAGUCACUACUAUAAGAGUCGCAACAGCAGCAGUGUGCCCGCCUCUUCAGUGACUCUUUUUUCCGCCAGAAAGCUUCUGCAGACCAUCGACCAAAGCUUCGGAACCCUGCCAUUCUGCCGCAGGUACCUUGAACGCGCCGGCGAGAAGAAUUAUCUCCUAGGGCUCAAGCACCUCGCCUCGGCCGGAAUUAUUGACGAGUGUCCCCCCCUUUGCGAUGUCGAAGGGUCGAUGACCGCUCAAUUCGAGCACACCAUCUUGCUCCGGCCUACUUGCAAGGAGGUAGUCAGCCGCGGUAUCGACUACUGAUUUUUGAAUCUCCCACGGCCCCUGUUGUCGACGUCCGUCUUUAUAGGGUGAUUCAAGUUCGAGAUAGUCGACCCUUCUUCUACACCACAUGAUCGCCAUGCUUUCAGAAGUCGAUGGAAAGAGAUCCUGAGACCGAGUUCUGUUCUGUGUGCUCUUCCUUCCUCUGUUCCCAGCGCAUUCAACAGAACGAUAUGCCUGAAACAAACGUCUCUCAUAUGGUGCUAUCAAGGC